AUGACCUCCCCCGCCCCCCUCUCCACCCUCACCGACCCCUUCUCUCUCGCCCGCCUCCAGAUCCUCGUCAUCCCAGUCCACCGCCCCAACGCCCCUAUAUCUACCUCCCUCUUCGACGCCUACCUCUCCAUCAUCCAGAAACACCAGACUCUCCGCGGCGAUGAGCUCGCCCGGCCCCUCGUCUCGGCGCGCUCUAGAGUCGGCUCCCCGGCGGUAGGAGGGCAGUUUGGAGGGGAUAGUAAUCCGAGGAUGCGAUUCUUCCCGCAGCUCAGUGGGGGGAGUAUAUCAGCUUCUAGAGCUGCUAUCUCGCAUCAAGUCCAUCUGGGGUAUACUCGUUCCCCGCCAGCGAAACAUACUUAUCCUCUGAGCUUGUUGAGGAUGGCGGGGUUCCCUCUCAUAGUGCUUGGUGUAUCGGUUGAUGCGGAAGAGGAAGAGGGGUAUAGCUUGGGAGACGGCGAUAUGGGGCAUUCUACGCCUACAGCCCCGACUUUCCAAGAACGCACUAUCCCAUCCUUCCCUCCAGUCACUCCCGAACAAGCCUUCGAAGACACCCUCGCCUCCCUCCUCCCCUCCACCUCGCCAUUCCCCAUCGUCAAACGCCUUCUUGUCGUGCCCGACCAAAUACCAAAAACGCCCUCAUCUCCGAGAAAGCAAGCGAGUCCGAGCGAGUCGAGUAGUGGAGGGACGACGGGCAAGGAUCAUGGGGAGGUCAAGUAUGCGCCGUUGGAGGGGGUGGAGAACUGGAUGACCAGGCUCUUGGGAGAAGUUGUUGGAGAUCUUUUGGGAGAGCUGGGUGUCAUUACCCUCUCAUCUACCCUGCUCCCCAACCUCACCGCCUCCAACCCUCUGACCGGGCUCAACGGCUUUUCAGGCCCAGGCGACUAUCCCUCCCGAUCAAGCACAUCCACCCCCACCCUCGUCCCUCCAAAAUCAUCCAUGGACGGUGCACCUGGAGGCCUGGGCAUCUCUCUCACUCGCGCUGUCACCCCCGGUGGAAGACCCACUUCCAUCCAAGCGCCAUCGCUACCGCCUAUCCCGACGAACCUCGCACCUGCAGCUCCCCAGCCAGUAUCAGCAUCUUCCAACCCCUUCCGACGAUCUUCCGCCGUACCCUCACCCUUCUCGCGCACUUCCUCAGCAGCAUCAUCCGGCUCCCUCCCCUCGUCUACUCCCACACCCAUAAACGGCGCGAGUGUACUCAAAUACACGUCCGCAGACCUUACGGGUAUCGCCGGGGGGCGUCUGCUGAAGUUGUUGGGAGACUUUUAUCUCUUGUCGGGGAUGUAUGGCGAUGCGAUUCAGUGCUAUGAUGAUGGGGCGGAAAGGUGUAGGGCUGUGGGGGAUGUUUUGUGGGAGGGGUUCACGAGGGAAGGUAGGGCGGUGGCUGGUAUAGGAGAAGCGUGGGAGGGCAGGGACGGUUCUAAUCUGACGCAACCUUUCCCAACGUCACCCAUCCCAGUCGAGAUUCAGUCCCAUUUCAUGUCCGCCCUAGCGUGCAUCGCUCGAGCACCUAUCCCUUAUCCACCCACAAUCGCCUCGCCGUCUCCCCAAGCUGUAUCUGGUUCCUUCAGCAUCCCUUCAUCAACCCCCACAGACCCUUCAGAAGUCGGUACCGGAGAAGGCCUACUAUCUCUCUUGUACGCCGGGCUAGCCCUAAAGAUAAGCCACUUUGUCCUCCUCAUCUGGGCUUCCGGCGGCUGGGGAUCCAUCGCCCUCUCAUACCUCGUCACCCACACCCUCCCCCGCUCCUUUCCUCCUCCCCUAACCCAACAACCAACCAUAACCUCCACCUCCCGCCGCAAACACGCCCGCGACCUCCUCCUCCUCUCCUCCCAAUCCCAAAUCUCCCGUCAAUCCAUAUUCGCCCACGCCGAAACUGCUCUGGGGCCAUAUCAUAAAGCGAUGACGAUGCUGGAGAGACUGGCGGUGAAUGAGGAAGCGGUGUGGUUGGCGAGGUGGUUGGGGUUGGAGAGGAAAGAGGCGGGGGUGACGAGGGAGGUUGUAAAGUUGUUGGCGGGGGUGGUGGUGGAGAAUAGGCAAGAGAUGAACUCGAGAGCCCUCGCGCCGAGUCCGAGGACGUCGAUGGUUUCUGGUGCGCAAGAAUCAGCGAGCCUGGGGCUGGGCUUGGGCAUGCCUGUGAAAUCACAAGCUGUCGCCGUUAGGAGAAAAGAAUCGACAGAAGGGAACGCCGGUAUCGUCGCUUUGUUCGAACGUGCCGCAGGUAUCAUGGGUAUAAACCUCCUCCCCUCCUUUCCUUCCUCUGCCCUCCCACAUCGCUCGAUCUUGGGCAUCCAAGAUACCGACGACGAAGAACACUUCAAAAGACGGUUCGGCUGGCCUGAACUGCAAGUCGAGAUGAUCAAGGAAGGCAUCGCCGUCAUGGAAUCCCUACCAAGUCAUCCUGCGAUAGUCAAACUGUGCUUGACGGCGUUGAAUGAUCUUUCGGAUAGUUUGAAUUCGCAGAGUCAAGCGAUUUUGGCAAAGAUGUAUCCGGCGGCGCUGGCUAUUGUGAGGAGGAGGGGACUGGAGACGGGGGUGGUGCCGUGGUGGGUGCCGGGGAAGAUUGUGAUGAGUCUGGAAAUUGCUGGAUUGUCGCAUGACAAGACACCAAUGCAACAUUCGAGAGAUGAAAUUCAGGUGGAAAGUGGGAAGAAGGAUCCGUUCUUUUACAAUCCCAGGACGAGGGCUUCCAAUAGCGGCAAGAUUACGCUGAUCGCCAACGAGGCGGUGGACGUGUUUGUCACUUUGCGAAACCCCUUCGCAUUCAACUUGGAUAUCAACGAGCUCUCCAUCAUUACUUCGGGCGCCCCCUUCAACACCUCUUCCAUCCCAAUCUCCAUCCCCGCCCUCUCCGUCCACACUAUCCGCCUCUCCGGUAUCGCCCCCUCCGCCGGCCUACUCCGCAUCCAAGGCGUCUCCGUCCGCCUCACCGACGGCUCCUCCACCCAAGUAUUCCUCCCCGUCAUCGACGACAAAGACAAAGAACGCCGUCAAAAACGGCACUCUCGCCUCAAGCGCGAGUCUCAAAAAAUCAAGCGGACGGGUAUGGGCGCUAGGUUGUCUAUUGGGCAUCGAGCGAGUUUCAAGGAGAAGGAGGGGGAGGGACAGGAAAAGUAUUUGGAGUGUACGGUGGUGGAGGAGUUGCCGUUGGCUUGGGUGAAGAGCACGAGUUUGAUACAUGGGAUGAUGAUGCUCUAUGACGGGGAGCGGUCCGAGAUACAAAUCGUCCUCGAAAACUCCUCCUCCGUCCCCAUCGACUUUGUCAAACUCUCAAUGGACGACUCUACCGCCCGCGAAGCUCAAGAGAUCAUCGCCGAAGGCGAAUUGACGCCCGAGCAAGCGUACGAACUUGAUUGGGAUCAACAGAUGAGACCGGUGUUUGUUUGGAGUAAUACGCAAGCGCCUGGGGAGGUGUUUAUCCCUGCGAGAGGGAGGGCGACUUUGACUGUCAAGUGUCUAGGGAAGGUCGGAUGCUCUGACGGUCUCAUCAACAUUGACUACGGAUAUGUCAACACACGCGACAAGACUGUAUCGCCCAACAACGACGCCGACUCAGCCCCAGUCUCCAACUCAUUCUACACUCGACGAAUCUCAUUCCCCGUCAUGUUUACCAUCUACCACGCUAUCGAAUGUCAUUCUCUCGACCUCACCUACCUCGGCGGGUCUGAAAUCUCUUCGCAAUCCUCUAAAGAUGCGUCUUUGUAUGAGGUCGUAUCUGCGGAGAACGACACGGACCAUUGCUUGCUCGGUCUGAGCUUUAGUAAUGUGUAUGGAGUGCCAUUCGAAGUAACGUUGGCGAGGAAGGGCGAGAAGGCGGAGGCGAAAUGUACGAGGCUGAUACCUCCAGGUGCUACUGAGCGUUUGAUUCUUUCCCUACCUCGAAGACUCCUGGAUCAGGAAGCCUUAUCGCAACCCAUCCCCUCUCUAUCAAACCGGCAGUACAUUGUUGAGAAGGAGAAGAAGACGUCGGGUCGAAUCGCGAUUGAGAGGGAGCGUUUCUGGUAUCGAGAAGCGUUGUUGGGAAUGUUGGAGGCGACUUGGACAGAGCCUGGGUCAUUACGCCAUGGAUCUCUGAGCCUUCGUCAUCAUUCGUUAUCACCAAGCCUUCUUCAGAUACUCCGCUCCGAUACUGUAGAUGUGCGAGUACGUGUCAGGGGUACAAAAGACAAGCUUUCGGCGAUGGACUUUGUCGAGCUGGAAGUAGAAGUUGUCAACGGCACUGGCAAGUCACUCUCUCGAUCCCCUUUCCAUCCGUAUAUCCAUCUCGAACCCCUUCCGUCUUCUCCUCUCGACUACUCUUGGACAUCCCCUGCUUCAUCCAACCGAGCUCCUCCACCCGGUCAACUCUCCCACCCCCACAAAAACGUCCUCUUCGACGGCUUAUCCUCCUCGACACUCCCCAAGCUCGAAAACGGCGCAAACGGUACUUUUGUCGUCGGCGCGACAUUCUUGGCUGGGGGGAGUUAUUCGUUUAGAGCGGCUGUGGAAAUGAUCGAUCUGGGGAAGACUGGGGAAGAAGGUGUUGAGGGAGGGUUUGAGAGCGGAAAGAAGAUUUGGUUGUCGCCCUUGCUGCAUCUCAACGUCGUAUAA